AUUUAUAACGGGACAUUAAUUUAAAAAAAAAACAUUCUGUUUACAUGUCUGAAGUGUCAUUUCAAUGUUUUGUUUUCUUUUAUUGUGGCGGGUAGAAAAUAUUGCUACUAAGUAAUAUGCUACAAGACGACUGACAUUUUUUUAUAAUUUUUAAUCUACUGGCUGGAAGAUCAAAACAGACAAAAGAAUAUUUUAAACGAUUUUUUUCUCAGUUUCAGAGCUUGAAAGCAAAGUUUGGAAAAAUGAUAAGUGAUCUUAGAAUUGUGUUAUUAGUAACAAUGGCCACAAGCGUUCAUCGAGCGAUGGCUUCGGAACAAGUGCAACGCCCACGGGUUCUGGUAACCAACAAAGAGACCCCCCAGAAAGGGGUCGACCUCCUCAGGCAAAAAUGUGAAGUAUUUUUCCCGGAAAAUCAUCCGGCAUCUCGUGAAGAAAUCCUCAAGUUGGUCCCGGAAGCGGACGGGAUAAUGUGGGUUGGUCACUACGCACUGAACGGGGAAGUUUUAGAUCUGGGAGUUCCCAAGUUGAAGGCCAUAUCAACCAUGUCUGCCGGCAUGGAUUACGUGGAUAUAGCUGAAUUUAAGCGUCGCAAUUUCCCGCUGGGAUACACUCCAACGGUUUUGAACGAUGCCGUUGCGGACAUAGCUAUCGGGUUGAUGAUUGCCGCUGCCAGGCGGUUCCACGAAGGUCGCACUUUGAUCGAUAAAUCUUUGUGGAAGGGAAAUCCACAAUGGCUUCUGGGCCGGGAUAUCAAAGGGAGCACCGUUGGAAUCAUAGGUCUCGGAGGAAUUGGACAGACCAUAGCUGAACGGUUGAAAGGAUUCAAUGUGGGACAGAUUAUCUACAGUGGAAGAAAUCCCAAACCUGAGGGAGCCAAGCUAGGAGCCACCUUCGUUUCGCAGACAGGACUUCUGAAGGAAAGCGACUUUGUGUUCAUAGCUGUUCCGUUAACUAACUCUACCCGGCACAUGAUCAAUGCAACAACUCUGGCGCAGAUGAAACCCACUGCUGUUCUUGUCAAUAUUGCCCGGGGAGAAAUCAUCGAUCAGGAUGCACUCGUGACAGCCUUGAAAAACGGAACGAUCAUGGCAGCCGGUUUGGAUGUUAUGACCCCGGAACCGCUACCAGCGGAUCAUGAGCUAUUGAAACUGCCCAAUGCCGUAAUUGUGCCCCACCUCGGAUCCGCAACUAGGCGAACACGAGACGAUAUGUCGGUGAUAGCGGCCCACAAUGUGCUUGCCGGAAUCGAAGGUUCUCCGAUGUUGUCACCAUAUCCGUACUGAAUUGUUAUGCUUAACUUUGAUGAUAGAUUUAUACGACACGUGUUACUGAUACUUUUUGGAAAUUUUUAACGUUAAGGGUCCAAUUAUGAGAGAAAAAAAAUAUUCAUAUGA